AUGGCUUCAAGAAUCACGCCUCUGCUGGGCCUGUUCCUCCUUGCCAUCUCCACCACCAGCGUCUCCCAUGCUCAAAGCCCAAAGGCCUUCCAGAGGAAGCACGUCACAUUCCUGGAUCACAUAGACCACAACCAAUGCAACAGUGAGAUGCGGAACAAGCAGAUCUCUCUGACCGACAGCGAGUGCAAGCGGCUCAACACUUUCAUCCACGCUCCUGAGCAAGCCGUCAACCAGGCGUGCACGGCGGGGGAACCAUACGUGAUCCGGAACCAGGAAUACAAAAAGAGCCCCAAAAAGUUCCGUAUCACAAACUGCAGGCUCUCUCAGGGACACGGGAACGACUGCGAAUAUGUGGCAGAAGCCAGCAGCUUGAGAUACAUUGUUGUGGCUUGCGACCAAAACGGCCGGCCGGUCCAUCUGGAGAGGACGCUCACCGAUGCAGCAGCCGGAAAGCCGGACGACAAGCAGCCGAGUUUGAACCCAACCAAGAAACCGUCUAAUUCUGCAAGUGCCGCCUACAUGGAGACGAUUUAA